AGUACGCCCCCACUGCGCGGGUUGUGGUUGUAGUGUGAGGCGGUGGUAGCGGCAUUAUAUAGAUGUAGAGAGACCCGGCACUAUCUAGAAGAUGAUAGCUGGGAAACAGUCAACUAUGAUCGGAUGACAGGAAUCCGGCAUCAAUGGAAUCCGUAACGCGUAGAUAGCCCUUCUCCACACAACUCCAGAAACCUUUAAGGGCUACUGUCGUAUAGAAGAAUGGUGAGGAAGAAAGAUCUAGGGAAGGUAUUCUUCAUCUACUUGUGUCUCUUCUCCGUGUGCCCCGCUCAUCCGUGUGGGGAGAACCCACUGCGAGGCUUCAUGUCUUUAUCCAGGCUCACAGGCAAGAACGUCAACCACCUACUUGGCAUUCUACGCUCUGCUAACACAGACCUAUACGGGCGGUUGGAACGAAACUGGCAAUUGUACGCGAACUGCGUGGGAAUGGUAGACACUGGCUACUUUAAGCGAUCCGGAAGUCCCGCACUGUCCGAUCGGGCCUCAAACCAAAUGACCCGGACAUUGCCUGUUCAAGCUCUAUCUCUGCAUGACCUUAUCUAUUACGACAGAAGCAACGCUGAUGAUGACAGUUUGUUGUAAGACGCUUUUGGCUGUCAACGCAUAUCGUCAUGGCGAAACUGGUGAAGCUUCCGGCACAGAGCGCAUGUCAAGAAAGGGGUGUAAAGAGGAACAUUUUUAUGAGAUACUUACAAUUUAUUUCUUCAGUCAUUUUGAGGAUGUAUCUGCAACGCAUUGCGGUGUCCCCGUGCAUGGUGUUAUACUGUAUCAAGACAGCCUACUGUAGAUAUUUAUGUGGACUCAGCGGAACCGGAAGUAGCCCAAAGCAGUGGUCGCAGUGAUUAUGACAGGACCGAAGUGAAUGUGUGUCCAACAGGAAUUGGAUAAAACAUUUUACAAUAUUCUUUACUUCUUCCUUGGUCACGAUUGUGAUCUAUGUUCGUUAACACGUAACUAAUCUGUGUUCUUUCUGUGUCGUUGGAAACUGUGGGGCUUAAAUGAAGUAAAGUAUUCGAACAUUU